CCGGAUGUCCAGGAAGAGACGGGCUGAAGCGGCUCGUUGUGGGGGUGGGGAGGGGAAUCUUGGCCCUUUUGCAGAAGGCCAUAGACCAAACGGAGUGACUCCUGGUGAACAUGGCAUUUUACAGCUGUAACAUACUCCUUGCAGUAGCUAGGUCCAGGGGCCCUCAUCUGCUUGUACACUCCAGCUGCUCCCCAUUCUCUCCGUCAGUGGCAUUUGUCCAGUUGGUGGAUUCCCACCUUAACCGAACACACCUGAAGGACUGUGAGAAUCAGCUACUUUGCAAUGCACAGCAGGGCACUGGACUAUCCCACUUGCUCGCCAAGCCUGUGCGAAUGUUCCACACGUCAGCUUACUGGCAUCAAGAGGUUCAGGACAAACCUCAGCCUAACCAAAGUACUGUAAAAACGGACAGCGCGUUGGCAAAGGUUCCAGCGGACCAAGCAACAGACACUGCCAAGAGAUCGUUACGCCAGAAGAUUGUAGAUGAACUGAAACACUAUUACAACGGAUUCCACUUGCUUUGGAUUGACACCAAAGUCGCUGCUAGGAUGGUGUGGAGACUGUUACAUGGGCAAGUCCUCACUCGGAGGGAAAGGCGAAGGCUGAUGAGAACAUCUGCUGAUCUCUUCCGGCUGGUUCCCUUCUUGGUGUUCAUCAUUGUGCCCUUCAUGGAAUUCUUGUUACCUGUAUGUCUGAAACUGUUCCCUGAGAUGCUGCCCUCAACCUUCGAAACGGAAUCUAAAAAGGAAGAAAAGCAAAGGAAGAAACUGAGUGCAAAAUUGGAACUAGCCAAAUUCUUGCAAGAGACUAUUGCAGAGCUGGCCAGAAGAAAUAAAGCCAGUACAGGAGAAGCCACGAAACUAUUCUCUUCCUACGUUCAAAAGGUUCGGCAUAGUGGCCAACAACCCAGUACCCAGGAGAUUGUGCAGUUCUCCAAGCUCUUUGAAGACGAGCUGACCCUGGAACACCUGGAGCGGCCGCAACUCGUCGUCCUCUGCAAACUGCUCGAACUGCAGCCCAUUGGCACCAACAAUCUCCUCCGCUUCCAGCUGCUGAUGAAGCUCAGGUCUAUCAAAGCAGAUGACGAAAUGAUUUCCAAGGAAGGUGUUAAUGGCUUGAGCGUGUCUGAGCUGCAGAGCGCCUGCAGGGCAAGAGGAAUGAGGUCACUGGGCCUUACAGAGGAGCAGCUGAAGGAGCAACUCCAUCAGUGGCUAGAUCUACAUCUGAAAGAAAACGUCCCUCCUUCUCUCUUGCUGCUUUCCCGUGCCUUAUAUUUGACUGAAGUGAAGCCCAAACCUAUCCUGGUGGCUCCAGCUGAGCCUCUGAAGAGUGAAGAUGCUGCAGAAAUAGAUGAUGAAGAUCAUGAGACCUUGUUGGAUUCUGCUCCCAAAGUACAAGAAAGAAAGAGUGAAGAAUUUAUAUCGCAGCCAACAGAAAAAAUACCAGUUCCUGAAGUAUCAGUCAAGCCUCCUACAGGAGAGACAAAAAUAGAAGCCUCUCGGAACAGCAAAGCCAGUGCUAACGGAGUCUGACUUUUCUCCCAGCAAGCACCCAGGCAUCUGAGGACGAAAAGCUCCACAUCAGUUUCUAUAGAUCAAGUCCUUUCCACGCACAGCCCCCUGUCCCUGAUUUGGGCGAUGGUGUUCGCCUCAAGGCCAGGCAAAAGAGCACUUUACAUAUAGUGCCAACCUCUACAUUUAUUCUAUCCAGUGUGAUUUAACUUAUUUUUUGUAAAUAUGUACAUAAUCAAUGAACAGGACAAGCUGUAACUUAUGCAAUGUUGUUGGACAUUGAGAUUUGUAUUUCUGAAAAUUUUAGUAAAGCAGUGAUUUAUUAUUACUUUUAUUUAUUUUUUAUUUUUGCAAAAGAUAAACUAGCAUCAGGGCCUAUAUUGAACACUUUCUUGAAAAGCCAGUGCAGAAUUUUAGACAGCUGCAACUGACAGACCUGGACUUUAAACUGACUUACAGACUGAACCAAAACAUGUUUAAUUGGAAGUAACUUCUGGAUAACUGAUUUCCGAAUAGGGUGUGCAGAUUGCAGCCACAGUCUCACUGAAGUCAGUGAGGGGAGUAGCCUCAUCGGGUGCCGU